UCGGGAGAAGGUCCGCCGCCAUUAUUGUGAAGCUGAAAAAUAAAAUAGACUUAUACACACACCGCCACACGCUUCGCCCGUAAAGAGGGGGCUCGGAGAUUAGCGAAGGAGACUCCGACGGUUUCGGACGAGCUAAAAAGUGUUCGCUUCGGUAACGGAAGGCUUUUUUAAAUGGCGGUUCAUACGGAUUCUUUAUUUUUGACACAACAAAGGAAAUAAUAAUUGGUGAAAACAACGUGGUGGUUGAAUCAAGAAGGAGGAGGAGGAAAAAAACACGCCGAAACAGCGCUUUUUUUCCUUCUUUUUUUUUUACACCGCCUUCCCCCUUUUUUCUUCUCGUUUCUCAGCCGCGAGGAAAAAGAGACCGGAGUUCGAACAGCAUUUUUUUUUGUCUUCUUCUUUUCCUGACGAGAAUUUAGUUUUUCUUCUUCUUCUUCUCCUCCCCUCUGAGAGAGAGAGAGAUACGCAUCUCGUUUCUGAAAACUUCAGCCUUGAUGAAAACGAGCACUUAAUGGGGGGAGAGAGAGGAGAGAGAGACUAUGGACUAGCCUGUUAAUUUAAAAAAAAAAAAAAAAAAGGCGGAAAAAAAUAAUCGAUGUCAGUGCUGCGAGGAAGUGUUUUAAUCUGUUUUUUAAAGUCUUUCACCCGGCGGUGAGCGGAGGAGCAGCGCGAGACAGAGAAAGAAAGAAAGAAAGCAAGCAAGAAAGAAAGAAAAAGGAGCGGACGAGAGAGCUGGAGAGAGGGAGGAAUGCUAUGGGCCAGACCCCAGCCCAGUGAGAUCCUCUUGCAUGGAAACCUCUUUCCCUGGCUGUCCUUUCCUCACCCUAGAGCUACUGGCCAGCAUGGCAGGAUGAGCCUGUGCCAGCGAUGAUGAUGGCCAAAAAGCAAGAUGUGCGAGCACCCAUCUACAACCUGGUCGUCAUUGGGCUGUCCGGCACGGAGAAGGAGAAAGGCCAAUGCGGCGUGGGCAAGUCUUGCCUGUGUAACCGCUUCGUCCGGCCGAGUGCAGACGACUUCCACCUCGACCACACCUCCGUUCUCAGCACCAGCGAUUUUGGAGGCCGUGUGGUGAACAAUGACCACUUCCUGUUUUGGGGAGAGGCUGGCCGUAUGUUGGAGGAGGGGCCCGAAUGCCGCAUGAAUGUGGUGGAGCAGACGGAGUUCAUCGAUGAUCAGACGUUCCAGCCGCACCGAAGCACAGCGCUCCAGCCUUACAUCAAGAGGGCAGCUUCCACCAAGCUGGCUUCGGCUGAGAAGCUGAUGUACUUUUGCACAGAUCAGCUGGGCCUGGAGCAGGACUUUGAGCAGAAACAGAUGCCUGAAGGCAAGCUGAUGGUGGAUGGCUAUUUACUCUGUGUGGACGUGAGCAGGGGUAUGAACCGUAGCUUUGAGGACCAGAUGAAGUUUGUUACCAACCUGUACAACCAGCUUGCGAAAACAAAGAAACCUGUGGUACUGGUUCUCACCAAAUGUGAUGAAGGAGUCGAGCGAUACAUUAAAGACUCGCACACGUUCGCCCUAGCCAAGAAGAACCUACAGGUGGUAGAAACAUCAGCAAGAUCUAACGUCAAUGUUGAACUUGCCUUUCUUACACUGGUUCAGCUCAUCGACAAGAGUAGGGGAAAACCCAAAAUCAUCCCUUACUAUGAGGCGCUGAAACAGCAGAGUCAACAGAUUGCCUCAGCUAAAGACCGCUACGAGUGGCUGGUCAACCGACUGGUGAAGAGCCACAAUGAACCAUGGCCCACCGUCAGUCGCCGCAUGCAGUCUGCACCCGAGUACAAGGACUAUGUUUUCCUUGAGGGGACGGCGAAAGCCAAGAAGCUCUUCCAGCAGCAUGUGCAUAGACUUAAACAAGACCAUAUAGAGAAACGCCGGAAGGCCUAUCUUAGUACUCUACCACAGGCCCUGGCUGUACUGCUAUCAGAGUUGGAUGAGAUAGACCACCUGAGCUGGUCUGGAGUUCAGAAAGUCCUGGAGAUGAAGAGAGAUUUCUCCCAAUGGUUUAUUGUGCUGGAUGACACCCCUUGGGAGACCACACCACACAUCGAUAACAUGGAGGACGAUCGAAUCCCCCAGGACCUCCUGGAGUCUCCCAUCGCUGAAGCGAUCUACGAGACCCAUCUGGAGCAGCUGAGGAAUGAGCGCAAGCGGGCUGAGAUGAGAUGGGAGUUCAAGGAGAAGCUAAGUGUCUCGCCCUUCAUCACACCAGGGAAACCCUGGGAGGAGGCCCGAAGCUUCAUCAUGAAUGAAGACUUCUACCACUGGCUAAAUGAGUCUGAAUAUCUGGAUAUCUACAACAAACACCAGAAGGAAAUUAUUGACCGAGCCAAAGAGGACUUUCAGGAACUGCUUCUUGAAUACUCUGAGCUCUUUUAUGAGCUGGAAGUGGAUGCAAAGCCAAGUAAAGAGAAAAUGGGAGCCAUUCAGGAGGUGUUGGGUGAGGAGCAACGGUUUAAAGCGCUGCAGAAGCUGCAGGCAGAAAGGGAUGCUCUGGUAUUGAAGCAUAUCCACUUUGUCUACCACCCUACGAAGGACACGUGUCCCAACAAUCCCCACUGUGUGGACAGUAAGAUAGAGCAGACACUGGCCUACAGAUUCCCUACUUGCUACCCAUCAACAGAUAGUUCAAGACUGGAUUUGGGCAGGGCUGAACGGAUCAAUCUCGUCAUCCUCGGUAAAGACGGGCUAGCCAGAGAGAUGGCAAAUGAGAUCAGGGCCAUGUGCACCAGUGACGACCGGUACGUGUUAGACGGCAAGAUGUACGAGUUGGCCCUCCGUCCCAUAGAGGGCAACGUACGUCUGCCAGUCAAUUCAUUCCACACGCCAACCUUUACACCUCAUGGUUGCCUGUGUUUGUACAACUCAAAGGAAUCCCUCUCUUAUGUGGUUGAGUGUUUAGAGAAGACUAGGGAGUCGACCAUAAGCAGAAGGGAAAGGGAAACCAGCUUGGCUCAACUCCCGCUCUCCCUCCUUCUGGUCACCAAGCGGGGAGUGGGGUCCAUCGGGGAUAUUGGGGGGGAGACGGCUCAGAUUCUUAUCCAACAAGGGCAGCAGGUGGCGGGAAAGCUUCAGUGCGCCUUCCUCGACCCCGCUUCUCCAGGCAUGAGCUACGGCCGCAAUGUCAACGAGAGGCAGAUCAACCAGAUGCUGAAGGGCCUCUUAGAAUUACGGCGAGGCAUAGGGAGCACCUCCCCUCUCUUACCUCCUCCAUCCUCUACCUUCAGAGACUCGCAGUCCCAGCCAGUGCUCGAGGCGGACCUGAGGAUCGUCAUGUGCUUGAUGUGCGGAGACACGUAUGACAUAGAUCAGCUGCUUGCCCCGUUCCUGUUGCCCCAGCAUUGUCGUCCUGCUGCUAACCUCAGCAGCGGCACCUCGGUUUUGCUGGAUCUUAUUAUCGGAGGUCAGCGGCAGAUCAUCGAGCUGUCGCUGCUCUCCUUUCAUUCCUCGUUCUCGCUCCGCAAGACCAAGCUGGUCAACGGCUACAUUGCGGUUUACUCUGCUCGCCGCAAGGCUUCCAUGGAGACAUUGUGCGCUUUCCUGUGCGAGGUCCAAGACAUCAUCCCAGUGCAGUUGCUAGCAGUUGGGGAGAGCCAGAUGGAGCUGUCCGACUCUGAGUCGGCGAAGGAGCAGGUCAGUCAAGGGGAGGAACUGGCCCAUGAGAUAGAUGCCCGGUUCAACACAGUAAUAUGUGGACAUGGUGGGGUAGUAGGGGGGCUUCAUAAGAUAGACCUCUUCCAAGCCUUUCUCAAAGAGGCGGUAGAGAAUAGCACUAUUGUUGAGGCCACGCACAUGUAUGACAAUGUGGCCGAGGCGUGUACCAAUGAGAGCAUCAGCCCUCGCUGUGGCUCUCCUAGUCCAGUUAAUAUUCUAAUGGACUCGGAGGACGAUAUCGAUCCGUCGCCACCGUGCCCUACCCUGAGGGAGGAUGGCAGCCUCAGUUCCCACCUGGGAAGCUUCAAGCUGCCAGAUCUGGACUCAAGUGACACCUUCUCCGUCAUUUCUGAUCUCAACACCUUCGAGAGCAAGCUGAACAACAAGGUUCCUCCGCAAGUGAAGCCCAAGCCGGUUCGCAAGGUGAACCUCGGCCCCUACAUGGACCAGCAGGGGGGCACCAACCGCCGCUCCUUGCCCCAAGCCGUCUCUUGGGCGCCGGGUAGCGAUGGCGGCUACGACCCCUCAGAUUACGCAGAGCCCAUGGACGCCGUGAGCAAACCUCGGGCCACAGAAGAGGAGAGCAUCUACUCCGUCCCUCACGACAGCACGCAGGGAAAGAUCAUCACGAUCCGCAACGCCAACAAAGGUCACUCCAACGGGAGCGCCGGGGGCAACGGGUCGGACAGCGAGGCCGACAGCAGUUCGCUGGAGCGAAGCAGAAAGUUGUCCGCCAUCGGGGUGAAGCCCAUGCUUUACCGAGACCGAUCCAAACGGCUGGGCAGGUUCAGCAGUUUCAGGGCGAGCUUCUCCAUCGGCAGCGACGAUGAGAUGGGGGGUCCGCCCAAGGUCAACAAGGACGAGGUCGGAGCCCAAAAGGACAACUCCGUCGAGGAGAGCGAGGAUCCCAAAAGAAGAAAUAUUCUGAAGAGCCUGCGCAGAAAUACAAAGAAGCCGCGAGCCAAACCCAGGCACUCCAUCUCCAAACCCCACGAGAGCAACUACUUCGGGCUGCAACUGGCCACCGUGGUCACUCCGGAGAGGCCCAUCCCGGUCUUCAUCGAGAAGUGCAUCCGUUUCAUCGAGACGACGGGGUUGAGCACAGAGGGCCUCUACAGGGUCAGCGGCAACAAGGCGGAGAUGGAGAGCAUGCAGCGGCAGUUUGACCAAGACCACAACCUGGACCUGGUGGAGAAGGACUUCACCAUGAACACCGUAGCCGGAGCCAUGAAGGCCUUCUUCUCCGAGCUGCCGGAGCCGCUGGUGCCCUACAACAUGCAGGGGGACCUGGUGGAGGCCUUCAAGAUCAACGACCGGGAGCAGCGCUUCCAGACGAUGAAGGACAU